AUGUCUCGGUUCCCCUGGCUCCUCGCUCGGUGGCCCUCCUCAGCUCUCUCCCUGCUGCUUCUCAGUGUAGUGGGCAGACAGAUGGGACUGGAGGUGGUUCAGGCGAUAGUGUGCUCCUGGUGGGGUGCACCGAGCAACAAAAGCCUCUCCCAGGAUGGAGAUGUGAUAAUCGGUGGACUUUUUAAUCUCUAUUACAAACCUUCAUAUGUAGAGCAGGUCUUUAACACGCUGCCACAUUAUGAACCUUGCACUGGAUUAGAUCCAGAGGUAUUACAAAAUGUGUAUGCCAUGGCAUUUGCGGUGGAGGAAAUCAAUCGUAACAACACCCUGCUACCAGGAGUGAAGCUGGGCUACCGCAUAUUUGAUAGCUGUGUCCGAUACCCCUGGGCUCUGCAAGCUGCAUUGUCACUGGUUGCAGGAGACAAACACAGCUGCGGUCAACCUGUUCCUUUGCUCAUUGGUGAUGCCACAUCAACAACAACCAUAUUUCUGUCCAGGAUCCUAGGGCCUCUCUCUGUGCCAUUUAUCAGCUACUUGUCAAGCUGCCCCUGUCUAAGUGACAAGAUUAAGUUUCCUAACGUCUUCAGAACAAUCCCCAGUGAUAUUUACCAAGCCCGGGCCAUGGCACAGCUGGCCAUACGCUUCGGCUGGACUUGGAUGGGAGCGGUGGUUGACAACAAUGAUUAUGGUCUUUUCGCAAUACAGGCAUUUCAGAAAGAGACUCAGGGGAAAGGGGUGUGUUUGGAAUUCCUAGAGACCGUCCACAGAGAAACUAUUGAGAGUGAUGCCAGACGUGUUGCCCUCACAAUUCAAGCUUCGACUGCGAGGGUGAUUCUGAUCUUUUGCCUGUAUAUCGAUGUAAAGACAAUAUUUCUGGAACUGGCCAAGCUAAAUGUGACGGACAGACAGUUUCUGGCAAGUGAGGCUUGGAGCACCAAUAAUGAUCUUCUCCGAAAUCUUGCCAUCUCUAAAGUGGCAAGUGGUGUUCUCGGUGUGGCCAUUCGAAGUUCAACCAUACCCGGAUUUGAAAAUUAUCUCAGACGUUUGCACCCAAUUCGUAAUCCUGAUGAUGACUUCUUACAAGAAUUCUGGGAAAAUGAGUUUGGAUGCAGUCCUGGAGCGUCCUUUCAGAAAGCUUCUCUAUCACCCUGCAGUGGCACAGAGUCCCUGGAGGGACUGCAUAAUCCCAUCACUGAUACCUCUCAGUUAAGGGUGACAUAUAAUGUCUACCUUGCUGUUUAUGCUGCAGCCCACGCCCUUCACAGCCUUCUCUCCUGCCCCGACACAGACAGCUCACACGGAAACAACAGCUCCACCUGCUCUUCUCCAAAAAACAUCAAAUCAAUAGAGCUGUUGCAGCACUUGAACAACCUGCAUUUCUCAACGCCACAGGGGGAAAUGUUUUACUUUCAAGGUGGUGACGCUCCAGCAAAGUAUGACCUUGUCAACUGGCAGAACACCCCUGAGGGGUCACUCAAACUUGUUUUGAUUGGUCGUGUGGACGGGUUUGACCUCCACCUCAACCAGUCAGCUGUUCAGUGGAGCAACGGAUCCAAUCAGGUGCCUACUUCAGUGUGCAGUGAGAGCUGCCCCCCAGGCACCCGAGUGGCCAACAGGAAAGGAGAACCUCUCUGCUGCUUUGACUGUAUCCCAUGUGCUGAUGGGGAGAUUAGCAAUCAAACUGGUUCCCUUCACUGUGAGCGUUGUCCAUUAGAGUUUUGGUCCAAUGCUAAACGAACUGCCUGCAUCCCUCGCCAGCUGGACUUCCUUUCCUUUAAUGAAACUUUGGGCAUUACUCUGUCUACAGCAGCUGUGUCUGGUACUGUGGUGACAACAGCUGUAUUUGUGGUUUUUCUUUACAACCGUCAAACACCUAUGGUACGAGCCAACAAUUCAGAACUGAGCUUCCUGCUCCUCCUGUCGCUGAAGCUCUGCUUCCUGUGCUCACUGGUGUUCAUUGGUCGUCCAUCAGUCUGGGCUUGUCGGUUCCAGCAGGCAGCUUUUGGGAUCAGCUUUGUACUUUGUGUUUCCUGUCUCCUGGUCAAAACCAUAGUAGUUCUGGCAGCUUUCCGCUCAGCUCGGCCUGGUGCUGAAGCCUUGAUGAAGUGGUUUGGUCCAGGCCAACAGAGAGGAAGUGUUUGCCUCUUUACAUCUAUACAGGUUAUCAUUUGUGCCACAUGGCUGUCCCUCAGCCCCCCUGUGCCUCAACGUGAUCUGGGUUUUCAGGGUUCAAAGGUCACCCUGGGGUGCGCCAUGUCCUCUGUGGUGGGCUUCUCUCUGGUUCUAGGUUACAUUGGUUUGUUGGCCUGCACCUGCCUUUUCUUGGCCUUUCUUGCUCGGAAACUCCCUGAUAACUUCAAUGAGGCCAAACUGAUCACCUUCAGCAUGCUGAUAUUCUGUGCUGUCUGGGUGGCCUUUGUCCCUGCUUAUGUUAGCUCUCCUGGGAAAUACACUGUUGCUGUGGAGGUUUUUGCAAUCCUGGCCUCUAGCUACGCUUUACUGCUCUGCAUUUUUGCCCCGAAAUGUUUCAUCAUUCUCUUGAGGCCUGAGAAAAACAGCAAGAAACACCUGAUGGCCAGGUAG